AUGAUAUGCUCUGUAAUCGAGGCACUUCAACAGCAGUCAAGACGGAGUGGCAACCAAAGCACUAUUUCAGGGUUUGAACUGCGUGAAAUUACCAUCCCGGAGCCCUUAAUUAUUCCAACCGAUGAUAUCGGCGUGGAGAUCCAGCUGAAGUUGCAUCCAGUCAAGCAAAGCAACUCCGCUGGAUGGUUUACGUUCUUCUUUUCGUCAUGUUCCCAAGGGAAUAAAUUUGUACAGCAUAUGCAAGGCCUUGCUCAGAUUCGGUAUAGCGGAUCUACGACGGAGGUUGACGGAGGUAAGGAAUUAAGGGAGGAAGCGCUGCAGUUUCAGAUGCAGCUGCAAAGCUGGCUCGCCAAAGACAUCCAUCCCAUCACGAAGGACGAGUGUUACGAGACUUCUAAGAGACAGGGCAUCAGCUACGCAUCCUCAUUUGAGCUUCAGGUUCAAGAUGUAGCCUCCCACAUGUCGGACUCAUACGAGAGCGAUUAUAUCCUUCACCCCGCCACCUUGGAUUCCAUGCUCCAUCCAAUUUUGACUGCCACCGCGAUGGACUUUAUCCCAACACAAUCCUGGGUUCCCACCUCGAUCGAAUCUUUGCAAGUGUCGAACAGUAUUCCAAAAGCGCCUGGUACGUCCUUGCAUGGAAUUUGCACACCUCGUCUUGUCCACUCUGGGGAGAUGCUUGUGAAUAUCUUGGUCGGGCAUGGUGCCGCUCUCGACUCCCCGCCAAGGGUCGUCAUUGAUGGCCUUACCAUGACCGGGCUCGGGGCUCUCCACGACUCUCCACAGUCCUUUGAAGAAGGGAAUGCGGCCAAAUUAUACUCUCACCCAGUCUGGAAGCUGGACCCGAACCUUGUCGGGCCAUUAGAACUCAGAAAAUCGGCCGAUGAAAAUUAUGGGCGGGACCUCCGUAUGGCCGAGUUCUGCUCGGAGAGCUGGGAUCUUGUCAACGAACUGUGCCGGUACGCAAUUCAAAUGGUUGAACCAAAGUUGAAAUCCACAUCAUUGCCCCCUCACCUAUACAAAUAUUUUGACUGGAUGCAGCGACGCUGUGGGGUUAUGGAUGGCAUCAAAAUUCCAAGUAGUGGUGCAGUUGACUCAUCUGCAAGUCGGCAAAAACGGAUGAACGGGACAGACCAUCCUAACGAUGACCCAGUGGGCCAAAGUUUGACAAAUGGCAUAACCCAUUCCGGAGUUGAUUCGAUCACUCAAAAACUGUGCACCUUUCGCCAGAAGUAUCCGGUUGAUGGAAAGCUUCUUGAGACUGUUUUUAACUCCCUGGGGAGCAUCUUCUCAGACGAGGCUGUGCCCCUGGCAGUUCUAAUGGCGGAUGACAACCUCCCCGGGCUUUAUCGCGAGGCCUAUGGCCUACCUGUGAAUAUGCAGAUAUUCAGAGAUUGGUUUGAUCUGAAAGCCAACAAGACGCCCAAUAUGAGAGUAGUUGAGAUUGGAGCCGGCACUGCCUCGACGACCCUGCCAAUCUUGCAAAGGCUAAGCGCCGGUGCAUCCACAGCGUGUUUUUCCAAGUGGGUAUUCACUGAUAUCUCUCCUGGAUGGUUUGAAAAGGCAAAAGCGGUGCUUGGCGAAUGGAGUGAGCGAGUGGAUUACAAGGUGCUGGAUAUCGACCAGGAUCCUGUCGAACAAGGGUUUGAAGCCGAGUCAUAUGAUGUCUUGUUGGCUGUCAACGUACUGCACGCGACAAAGGACAUUGCUAGGACUCUCCAGCAUUGCAAGCAGUUGUUGAAGCCUGGAGGUAGCCUUGUGCUUGGUGAAUACACAAAUAGGGAUGAUCCAAUCAAUUUUAUCACCGGUAUUCUCCCAGGGUGGUGGGCUGCCGAGGAUGGUAGAGAAAAUGGGCCCUUAUUGCACACGUCCGAAUGGGAAUCUGCGCUCGUGCGCGCUGGUUUCUCCGUUCCUGAGAUUGUUUUAUCCGACAACGAUGACGAAAAGUUCUACAGACUAUGUAACAUUGUCAGUACAAAGGUGAUGCGAGAAGGUCAGACGCCUUCCAAGAGUAUUACGGUUAUACUUCCCGACCGCACCCCCGAUCUCGUUAAAGAUCUUGCCAGCUUGAUUUCGGCAGCCUUGGCACCACUUGGGAUGGACGUUGCCAUCUCAGGGCUCAGUGCACUACCUGUCGGUGCAGAUCGCGGUACUGUCCUCUCCCUUCUCGAAUAUGGUUCGCCUCUCUUUGAAGAGAUCGAUGAGAGUACAUUCCAAAAAGUCCAAAACAUACUCCUCCAAUGCAAAGAGAUGCUGUGGGUUACAAGAUCAGACGGAAAUGAUGGAGUCAGUAAUCCCAGUACUCGCAUGAUAUCUGGCCUAUUGCGCACCGUCCGCUCUGAAGACACAUCCCGCCGGCUACAUGAACUGCACUUGGCAAGACAGUUAAGCAGCGACUUCUUGCAGUCAGCAUGCUCUGUCAUCUGCCAUCGCCUGCACAGUCUCCAGCAUCCCGUGCCGAGGGAGCUGGAGGAAGUGGAAACCAUGGAGCGCGAUGGUAACUUCUUUAUCCCUCGUUAUAUGCCUGAAAGCACCAUGAAUGAUAGCUUGGCGAGGGGCAACCAGCUGAGUGUGGCGCCAAGGACUGCGAGCCUUGUACAGGCAGGUCGGCCUUUGAAGUUGGCCAUCUCGCAGCCCGGCAGGCUAGACACACUCCAAUUCGUUGACGACAAUUCCGCUUCUGAGCCGUUACGCGGCGAUGAGAUUGAAGUUGAGGUGCAAGCAUGUGGUUUAAAUUUCCUUGAUGUUAUGGUCGCGAUGGGAGAAAUUCCACGAUCUAAUUUCGGCGUUGAGGCUGCUGGCAUUGUCAACAAAGUCGGUGUCAAAGUAGAGGAUUUCGUUGCCGGCGACCGAGUUCUGAUGAUGGCGCCAGGCGUGAUGCGAACCGUAAUGCGCGUACGCUCGUCCUCUCUACACAAGAUACCAGCUGGUAUGUCUCUUGAAGAUGGCGUCUCCAUCCCAGUCGUAUAUGCAACCGCCUACCAUUCACUUCUGGAACUCGCGAGGCUACAAGAAGGCGAGUCCGUACUAAUUCAUGCGGCUGCUGGAGGCCUUGGCCAAGCCCUAAUCCAAAUUGCCAAGAUGCUGCGAGCGGAAAUAUACUGUACCGUGGGCAGCGAGGCCAAGAAACAGGCCAUAAUUGCGCUUGGUGUGAAGCCAGACAACAUAUUUAGUUCUAGAGGACUCUCGUUCGAAAAGGGAAUCAAGCGCGUAACCCAGGGCCGCGGCGUUGACGUUAUCGUCAACUCACUCGCAGGGGAGGCGUUGCGGAGAAGCUGGCUCUGUCUCGCGCCAUAUGGCAGGUUUGUAGAGGUGGGCAAGAUGGAUCUGAUGAGCAACAACGGGCUCGAAAUGAGACCGUUCUUGACCGGCACGACUUUUUCGGGCUGCAACUUGGAGUACAUGAUGCUCAAUGAUCCACUCCGGGUAGCGGCUCUGCUCUCGAAGGUGAUGCAGCUGUUUGAGAGUGGCGCCGUAGAGCUUGUGCGGCCGAUUACCGUCCACGACUUCUCAGACGUCGAGCUUGCGUUCCGUGAGCUACAGCGGGGGGCGCAUAUCGGCAAGCUCGUUCUUCGCGUCACGGCUGAAUCUCGCGUUCCAGUCCUACCGCCAAAAUCCGUCGACAUGAAGCUCAAGGCAGACGGCACCUAUGUGCUCGUCGGUGGUCUCGGCGGUCUGGGUAGAGGGCAGGCGUUGUUCAUGGCGAAACAUGGUGCACGUUAUCUGGGAUUUAUCUCUCGAUCGGGAGGCGCAAGCAAGGAUGCACAAGCCGUGAUGAAGACCCUGGCCGAGCAAGGUGUUCAGGCAAAGGUAUACGCGGGCGACAUCACUGACCGAGCUGCGUUGAAAGUAAUACUGGAUGACAUUUCCAAAACAAUGCCACCAAUCCAGGGAGUGAUACAAGGCGCCAUGCAACUAGAUGAUUCCGUCUUCCAUAAAAUGAGCUAUCGUCAAUGGGUGGCUGCAACGAGACCCAAGGUUCAAGGAAGCUGGAAUCUGCACGAGCUAUUGCCUGAUAACCUAGAAUUUUUUAUCAUGCUCUCCUCCUUGGCGGGAAUUAUUGGCUCUGUGUCGCAAGCAAACUACGCAGCCGGAAACACAUAUCAGGACGCGUUGGCCCAUUACCGCCGCUCCAAGGGACUACCGGCCCUGAGUAUUAAUCUGGGUAUAAUUGGCGGACUGGGCUAUGUGGCCGAGCACGAGGAUGUGGCCGCGCGCCUUGGGCAAUUUGGGCUCGCCAGUGUCAACGAAUUCCAGUUUUUUCAUCUCCUUCAGUGUGCUAUCGCAGGCACGGCGGAUAACCAGAGCCGGCUGCCUGACCAGCUCCUCACCGGAGCUGGCUCUGGCGGCGCUAUGCGGGCCGCGCAAAAAGCUGAAACGGAAGUCAACCUCUCCUGGUUAGACACUCAGGCCGCGUUCUCCCACCUGCGCCGUCUGGGUGACGAGACUACGAAGGCGGAGACGGAGGGCACCCAAGACGGGGGCAAGACGAAGCAGCUCGUCGGAGAUCUAGGGCGUGUCAAAACCAUUGACCAGGCCGCGCAGACGGCGCAACAGAUUCUGCUGGAGAGGAUGGCGCGGGUCAUUUCAAUUUCUGUCAGCGACAUUGACACGUCAAAGCCUGUGUAUGCAUAUGGCGUCGAUAGUCUCGUGGCUGUGGAGCUGAGGAACUGGCUGGCUAUGGAGCUCAAGAGCGAGCUGAGCAUCUUUGAUUUGACUAGCAAUGCUUCGAUUAGUGAUGUCCUUGUUGGUGCCGGCGGACGUGAAAAGUGGGAAGUGUGA